CCCACUGGAGGCCCCCGUUCGGGCGCCCCCGCCCCCAGUUCAGAUCCCGCCGCCAGUUGGAAACCAAUGGGAGGCUCUUCCGCUUCUCAGAUCGAUUUUCCAGGUGCGGAGUUCACUCCCGCAGCUGCUCGGCGUUUCGGACCCGCUGCGCCCAGGAGUCAGGGGAGAGCCCGAGAAGGAGCUGCGCAAAGACGACCCUGCACCGGCCCUCGCCACGCCGCACCUUCCCCGCCGGUGGUGGGGGAACCUUGGGAUCUGCAUCUCCGGCUCGGGUCUACGCAGUUCGCCCUUUCUUUCCUCUCCGGCACACGCCAGAGGCUGAAGACCGAGGCCGGAGCGCAUCGGGCGGAGAGGUGACCUUGGGCUCUGGGCCGCGUCACAGAAGACAUUAAAUUAGUUCCUCCGGGAGAUGAAGCCUGAGCGGGAGAGCCAAAUUACAGACCGAGAAGAGGCCAGUCAGAGAGGUAGGAGUUUGGACUUUCUGCCUGAGACUGGAGAGUUGGAGGCACUCCUCCAGGAAGAGAUCCUGUCGAAGCUUUCCUGGCCCACCCGUGCCCGAGAGCCCGAGAUGAAGCAGAGUUUUGCCUUUGACAACUCUGGCUACGAGGAAGGCCUGGACGGCGUGUGCCCCUCCCAGACGGCCAGCGGCACCAUCCGAAUCGGGGGCAUGACCUGCCAGUCGUGUGUGAAGUCCAUCGAGGGCAGGGUCUCCAGCUUGAAGGGCAUCCUAAGCGUCACGGUCUCCCUGGAGCAGGGCAGCGCGGCCGUGAGGUACGUGCCCUCCGUCCUGAGCCUGCCUCAGGUGUGCCGUCAGAUAGAGGACAUGGGCUUCGAGGCCAGCGUGGAGGAGGGAAAGGCUGCCUCCUGGCCGUCCCGGGUCUCGCCCGCCCCGGAGGCCGUGGUCAAGCUCCGGGUGGAGGGCAUGACCUGCCAGUCCUGCGUCAGCUCCAUAGAAGGCAGGCUCAGGAAACUGCAGGGCGUCGUGCGGGUCCGUGUCUCGCUGGGCAACCAGGAGGCAGUCAUCACUUACCAGCCUUACCUCAUUCAACCCCAAGACCUCAGGGAGCACGUGAACGACAUGGGGUUUGAUGCCGUCAUCAAGAACAAGGUGGCCCCUGUGAGCCUGGGACCUAUUGACGUCGGGCGGCUCCAGAGCACCCACCCAAAGGCGCCCCCGGCUCCCGCUGACCAGAAUGGCAGUAGCGCUGAGAGCUCGGGGCGCCAGGGGGUCACCCUGCACCUGAGAGUGGACGGGAUGCACUGUAAGUCUUGUGUCCUGAACAUCGAAGAAAAUAUAGGCCAGCUCCCAGGGGUGCAGAGUAUUCGAGUGUCCUUGGAGAAGAGGACAGCCCGGGUCCAGUAUGACCCUUCCUGCGUCUCCCCGGGGGCCCUGCAGGCGGCCAUCGAGGCUCUUCCUCCCGGGAAUUUCAGAGUCUCUCUUCCCGACGGUGCAGCGGAAGGGACAGGAACAGAUGCCAGGUCUCGCCCACACCGCUCCCCCGGGCCUCCCUGGAGCCCCCCGGCCCCCGGCGUGUGCUGUACCGCGGUGCUGGCCAUCAGAGGCAUGACCUGUGCGUCCUGCGUGCAGUCCAUCGAGGGCCUGGUCUCCCAAAAGGAGGGCGUCUACCACGUCUCGGUCUCUUUGGCCGAAGGGACUGGAACAGUUCUCUACGACCCGUUGGUGACGCAGGCGGAAGAGCUCCGAGCUGCGGUGGAGGACAUGGGAUUCGAGGCCUCCGUCCUGGCUGAAAACUGUUCCAGCAACCACGUUGGGAACCACAGUGCUGGGAAUGACACAGGGUCCACUGCGGUUGGUACCCCCAUGCCUGUGCAGGAAGGGGCUCCCCACCCUGGGGGGCUCCCCACAAACCACCACCCCGGCCGCUCGUCCGAGAUCCCACAGGCCUCCGCUGCGGUGGCCCCGCAGAAGUGCUUCCUGCAGGUCACAGGCAUGACCUGCGCGUCCUGUGUGUCCAACAUAGAGAGAAACCUGCAGAAAGAAGCUGGCAUUCUCUCCGUGCUGGUGGCCUUGAUGGCGGGAAAGGCAGAGGUGAAGUACAACCCGGACGUCAUCCAGCCCCUGGAGAUAGCGCAGCUCAUCCGGGACCUGGGCUUCGAGGCCACGGUGCUGGAGGACUACAAGGGCUCAGACGGCGACCUGGAGCUGGUGGUCACGGGGAUGACCUGCACCUCCUGUGUUCACAACAUAGAGUCCAGACUCACUCGGACGAACGGCAUCACCUACGCCUCCGUGGCCCUCGCCACCAGCAAGGCCCACGUGAAGUUUGAUCCUGAGCUGAUCGGUCCGCGGGACAUUGUCAGAAUUAUCGAGGAAAUCGGCUUUCACGCCUCCCUGGCCCAGAGGAACCCCAAGGCUCAUCACUUGGAUCACAAGGUGGAAAUAAAGCAGUGGAAGAAGUCUUUCCUGUGCAGCCUCGUGUUUGGCAUCCCCGUCAUGGGUUUAAUGAUCUAUAUGCUGAUACCCAGCCACGGGCCCCACGAGGCUAUGGUCCUGGACCACAACAUCAUCCCAGGACUGUCCAUCCUGAAUCUCAUCUUCUUUAUCUUGUGUACCUUUGUCCAGUUCCUCGGCGGCUGGUACUUCUACGUCCAGGCCUACAAGUCCCUGAGACACGGGGCGGCCAACAUGGACGUGCUCAUCGUGCUGGCCACCAGCGUCGCCUACGCCUACUCCCUGGUCAUCCUGGUGGUGGCCAUCGCCGAGCGGGCCGAGCGGAGCCCCGUGACCUUCUUCGACACCCCCCCCAUGCUCUUCGUGUUCAUUGCGCUGGGCCGGUGGCUGGAACACGUGGCAAAGAGCAAAACCUCAGAAGCUCUUGCCAAACUCAUGUCUCUACAAGCCACAGAAGCCACCGUCGUGACCUUUGGCAGGGACAACUUAAUCGUCAGAGAGGAGCAGGUGCCCAUGGAGCUGGUGCAGCGUGGCGACGUCAUCAAGGUUGUCCCCGGGGGCAAGUUCCCAGUGGACGGGAAGGUUCUGGAAGGCAGCACCAUGGCCGACGAGUCUCUCAUCACAGGAGAGGCCAUGCCCGUCACUAAGAAGCCCGGAAGCACUGUGAUUGCCGGGUCCAUAAAUGCCCAUGGCUCUGUGCUCGUCACUGCCACCCACGUGGGCAACGAGACCACCUUGGCUCAGAUCGUGAAGCUGGUGGAAGAGGCUCAGAUGUCAAAGGCACCCAUUCAGCAACUGGCUGACCGGUUUAGUGGAUAUUUUGUCCCAUUUAUCAUCAUCAUUUCAACUUUGACGCUGGUGGUAUGGAUUGUAAUCGGUUUUGUCGAUUUUGGUGUUGUUCAGAAAUACUUUCCUAACCACAGCAAGCGCAUCUCCCAGGCGGAGGUGGUCCUGCGCUUCGCCUUCCAGACGUCCAUCACCGUGCUCUGCAUCGCCUGCCCCUGCUCCCUGGGCCUGGCCACGCCCACGGCCGUCAUGGUGGGCACCGGCGUGGCCGCCCAGAACGGCAUCCUCAUCAAGGGCGGCAAGCCUCUGGAGAUGGCCCACAAGAUAAAGACUGUGAUGUUUGACAAAACUGGCACCAUUACCCACGGGGUCCCCAAAGUCAUGCGGGUUCUCCUGCUCGUGGACGUGGCCACGCUGCCCCUCAGGAAGGUUCUGGCUGUGGUAGGCACUGCAGAGGCCAGCAGUGAGCACCCCCUGGGCGUGGCGGUCACCAGAUACUGUAAGGAGGAACUUGGCACAGAGACCUUGGGAUACUGCACGGACUUCCAGGCGGUGCCAGGCUGUGGGAUCGGCUGCAAAGUCAGCAAUGUGGAGGGCGUGCUGGCCCAGGGUGAGCGCCAGCAGGGCAGACCCACUGCUCACCUGAACGGGGUCAGCAGCAUGCCCGCGGAAACAGAUGCGGCCCCCCAGACCUUCUCUGUGCUGAUCGGAAACCGAGAGUGGAUGAUGCGCAACGGCUUGACCGUCACCAGCGACGUCAGCGACGCAAUGACCAAUCACGAGAUGAAGGGCCAGACGGCCAUCCUGGUGGCCAUUGAUGGUGUGCUCUGUGGGAUGCUUGCCAUCGCGGAUGCAGUCAAGCAGGAGGCCGCCCUGGCCGUGCACACACUGAAGAGCAUGGGCGUCGAUGUGGUUCUGAUCACAGGGGACAACCACAAGACAGCCAGAGCCAUUGCCACCCAGGUUGGCAUCAACAAAGUCUUUGCAGAGGUGCUGCCUUCUCACAAGGUGGCCAAGGUCCAGCAGCUCCAGAACGAGGGGAAGAGGGUCGCCAUGGUGGGCGACGGGGUUAACGACUCCCCGGCCCUGGCCCAGGCCGACAUGGGCGUCGCCAUCGGGACGGGCACGGACGUGGCCAUCGAGGCGGCUGACGUCGUCCUCAUCCGAAAUGACUUGCUCGACGUGGUGGCCAGCAUUCACCUCUCCAAGAGGACCGUCCGGAGAAUACGCCUCAACCUGGUCCUGGCGCUCAUCUACAACCUGGUCGGGAUACCCAUCGCCGCAGGUGUCUUCAUGCCCAUCGGCAUCGUGCUGCAGCCGUGGAUGGGCUCAGCGGCCAUGGCGGCCUCCUCCGUGUCCGUGGUCCUCUCGUCGCUGCAGCUCAAGUGCUAUAAGAAGCCAGACCUGGCCCGGUAUGAGGCGCAGGCGCAGGGCCGCAUGAGGCCCCUGAGCGCGUCCCAGGUCAGCGUGCACGUGGGCAUGGACGACCGGCGGCACGACCCACCACCCCGGGCGGCGCCCUGGGACCAGGUCAGCUACAUCAGCCAGGUGUCGCUGUCCUCCCUCAAGUCCGACAAGCUGUCCCGGCACAGCAUUGCGGCCGACGACAGGGGGGACAAGUGGUCUCUGCUCCUGAACGACCGGGAUGAGGAGCAGUGCAUCUGAAAGCCGCAGGCUCCCCGUGGCCGAGGCUGCAGCCCAGCAGGCAAAGCCCUUCUGCAGCCCGGCGCUUCCACUCCCUGGACAUUCUCGGUCCGCCUCCCUGCGGCACGUGGACCGCGGGCUCGUCGGACACCUCGAUGGCCUCGAGAAGAGGAGGGACAGCCAGCCCUCCCCGCAGCCCUGUGCGUUAGCCGUGGGAUGCCUGCAACUCAUCAGGACCGACUUAGCCGUUCCCUGGAACUUAUUAAAAACCCUCAGGGUCGGGCUGUCUUUGAUGACACCAGCGUCCAUCGCGUAUCUGAGACCACCAUUUACCUCAAGUGCACCCACUCUUUCCUGUUGGCGCCGUCUCUUCUUUUUCUGUCCCUGAUACCGGGGGUGUGGCACCCCGUCCCCGGAAGGCAGGGCUGACGUCCUCACGUCCCCGCUGCUGCUCUCGGGGGCCUCUCCUGCCUGAACCCCUCGCGCACACGCGCGCCAGCCAGUCUGCUGCGCUUCCCCUGCCAGGGAGGCGAGCGCUUUCUGCUUCUCCGUGGAGCCGUGGCUUCUCACCCCACAGGACGCCGCGCUGUGGCUGAUUGUCGCCGCCCGACUGGAGUGAGGUCUCGGAGCCCCAAAGUGGAGAAAUUCAGCUUCCUGUGGGGUCCGGGUGGGCCCGGGAGCAAUGCGGUGCAGGAACCCGCUUUCCUGGAUCCAGGGGCUUCAGUCACAUGGGCUGCUGUGUGACCCAUGGGUCGGAUGUGGGAUUCGUGGAGGUAAUGCCCAAUGUUGUGCAGCUCCCAGGAAACCAGACCCACAGAAGACAGAGGAAACCCUCGUCCUCUGCCCGCUUCCACUUCUACCCACUGAGCUGGGGCCUUGGGAAAGGGGUGACCACAGGCUCCCAAGGCAAGGUCUGUUUCUAAUUUUCACUGGCCUUCGUGGUUACACCACAUCCACGGGACAGGAAAGGGGCCCAUGGUAGCCUCAGAAUCUUAGAAUAGCCAGAGCAGAGCCUGUUCCAAGUCCCCAAGGUGAAGCCCUUGUCACCUACACAAACUCAUGUUAGUUAUUUAUUGUAGUUAUUUUCCAGGGGGGUGUAAGCACUUUUUGUAAGUUACUUCUAAUCUUCCCCCGAAAAACCAGCAAAGCAGAUAAUGUCCACAAGUGGGAAACAGGCUCAGAGAGGCUAGGAAUCCCACCCAGGAUCACACAGCCUGUGUGCAUGCCAGAACAGGGAUCUGAAUUCCUGUCUCUUGGCCCUGAAGUUGUUUCUCUAACUUGGCUCUAACCUUGAGUAUUUCACUUGAUAGGAAUAAACAAGGACAAGGCCCUUGCUCCUGGAAGAGCAAGUCUGCCAGGUGGUGUAUUUGCUGACUCACGAGGUCACGUCACCUCCCGUUUGGAUGGUUCUUUUCCAUUGGCUCGUAAUUUCGUAUUUGCUGGGUCUCAUCCUCUAAAGUCCAUGUGCCGCGUUCGGUUCUCUUUUACUGUUUUCCACCUUCCCUCAUGUCCCCAGCCCCCUCCUGCCCUGUGUCACCCCUUUUGUCCUCUCUUUUAUCCUGGCCGUGCUUGGGGAAUAUUUCGUGUUCUCUAACUAAGCUAAUCGUUGUCUGAAGAAUCUAAUUGCAUUGAUCUUUUUGGAAAGCUUUUAGGACCAUAAAUGCCAGGUUUAUCCAGACAUAAAAAUAUUUAUAUAAUUGUACAGAAAAUAACCUUUUAGAUGUUCAAAGUGUAAGGGGAUUUUUUUGGGGGGGGAGUCACAAAAGAAGAAUUCCUACUUCGAAAACGUUCCAUGCUACACUAGAAUAAAGUUUCUUUUUUUUAUUCAUCUAAAAA